AUGGGUCGUACCAAGAGGUCUGACUCCCACCAAACAACUAAGGGAACGCAGGGUGCACCGCAAACCGGACCGCUAGACGGUUACCUCCGCAGUCCAGGCAGACAGCCACGUGCAACAUCAGGCCACAAAAUGGCCGACGACCACGCCCCAUCGCUGCCGCCCGACACACUGGAACCCUCGCUGUCCGCCACUCUACAUGAGGCGAUCAGGUCGGAAGUGGCUACAUUCCAGAGGGACAUAGCGGCACAGGUUGGACACAUACAGAACCUAGAAGCCACGCACCUCACAUCAGUAAGCAGACUAGAUGCCACUGAUGCGGCGGUAGCCAGGCAGGGCAAUAUGCUCCUACAAUUGAGAAGACAGACCGAGAACCUAGAUAACCGGAGUCACAGGUCGAAUAUUAGAAUCCGCAACCUACCAGAAUCAGCAGGGGAAGAGGAUGUCACGGCUACGUUAACCGCCCUGUUCAGGGACAUACUGGGCCCGGAUUCACCUCAGCGCAUAGAUUUUGACCGAGCACACAGGGCCCUGAGGCCGCGCACCACAGACAACGCACCCAGAGAUAUCAUCUGCUGCCUCCAUGAAUAUAAGGUUAAGGAGCUGAUCAUGAACAAAGCCAGAACGAAACCAACAUGGCGGUUCCAGGGAGCAGAGGUAGCCUUAUACCAAGAUCUCUCUCCCCUCACACUCGAGGCCGCAGAGCGCUAAGGCCGGUGACUCAACUGCUACAAAGCCGCAACAUACCCUAUAAGUGGGGCUUUCCCUUUUGCCUGUUCGCCAGACAUAACAAUGAGUGGCUACCCCUACGUUGGCCUGAUGAAGUACUGGCUUUCCUUCAAGGCAUGGGCCUACCCCACACAGAGGUCACUGACUGGAUCCUGGGCCCACUGGAACAGAGGCCUAACCAACCAGCUCAGAGAGCUCCAAGGCGGCGCAGAGAAGACUCGCCGCACAGGCAACCAGCACCCAGACACCAAAACCCAGCACAGCCCAGAGACUAACACCUUCCAUAACCGGUGA